UUAUGUCUGUUAACAUUUGCUUUUUAUAUGUAGAUGCUCCUAUGUUGGGUGUAUAGACAGUCACAGUUGUUAUAUCCUUUCAUUUGGACUGAGUCCUUUGUCAUUAUAUAAUACCCUUGUCUCUUGAUACAGUCUUUAAAGUCUAUUUUGUCUGAUGUAACUAUUGCUACCCAAGCUGGUAUAUUUUUUUCCAGCCCCUCCCUUUCAAUCUGUGUCUCUUUAGGUCUGAAGUGAGUCUUUUGUACAUGGCCUAUAGGUGGGUUUUCGGGUUUUGUUUUGUUGUUAAUCUGUUCAGCCCUCUGUUUUUUGAUCGGAUCAUUUAGUCCAUUUACAUUUCAGGUAAUUAUUGAUAGUUAUGACCUUUUUGCAUUUUGUUGACUGUUUCUUAAUUAUAGUUCCUGUCUGUUACCUCUCUUCUUUUGCUUUCUUCCCUGGUGAUUUGAUGACCUUUAGGGUAAUGCUUAGAUUCCUUUCUCUUUAUUUUUUGUGUAUCUGUUACAGGUUUUUGGUUUGUGGUUACCAUGAGCUUGACACAUAGCAUCCUGUAUAUAUAGCAGUCUCUGUUAGGUUGAUGGUUACUGAAGCUUGAACACAUUUUAAAAGCACUUUUUAAAUCUCCCCUCCAUGUCUUAUGUAUGUUAAAAUUUACAACUUUUUAUAUUAUUUAUCUGUCCUUUGACUAACUUGUGUGUAUAUAAUUGAUUUACUACUUUUGGCUUUUGAAUUUAAUAUUAGUUUUAUAGUGGUUUUCUACCUUUACUGUAUGUUUUAACCAGUAAAAUUUUUUUCCUUUUCUGGCUUUCUUCUGAUUAUGACUUUUUCUUUCUACUUAACCAAGUUCAUAUAACAUUUCUUAUAAGGUUGAUUUAGUGGUGAUGAACUAGUUUCAGUUUUUGUCUGAAACUCUUUAUCUCUCCUUCAAUUCUGAAUUAUAACUUUUCUGGAUAGAGUGUCCUUGGUUGUCCAUUUUUUUUUCCUUUCAGCACUUUAAAUAUAUCAUGCCAGUAACUUCAGGCCUGCAAUAUUUCUGAUAAAAAGCAACUGAUAGCCUUAUGGGAUUUCCCUUGUAUGUAACUGUCUGCUUUUCUCUUGCUGCUUCUAAGAUUUUCUCUUUAUCUUUAAUCAUUGCCAUUUUAAUUGCUGUGUGUCUUGGUGAGGAUAUCCUUGGGUUCGUCCUGUGUGGGCCGUUCUGUGCUUCCUGAACCUGGGUGUCAGUUUCCUUUCCUGGAUUGUGGAAGUUUUCAGCUACUCUUUCUUCAAAUAGGUUUUCUGCCCCCUUUCUCUCUCUCUCUUCCUUCUGGGCCCCCCCUUUAAGCAAACAUUGUUUUGCUUAAAUGAUCUCUUAGUGUCUUUUAACUUUUUUUUUAACUUGUUUUUCUUCUCUUCAGCUUGAGUGCUUUCCAUUACCCUGUCUUCCAGAUUGCUGAUCUGUUCUUCUGCAUUCCCUAAUUUUACUGUUUGUCCCUCGUGUAUUUUUUUCAUUUCAGUAGUAGUGUUCUUCAGCUCUGACUUACUCUUUCUCAUAUUUUCUAUCUCUUUGUUGAAGUUGUCACUGAGUUCAUCUACUUUUUUCUCCAGUCUGGACAUCAAUGCAAGCCUGAAUAAGAAAAACAAUUUCUUCCUCCUAAGCCAUGGCAUAUCAGUUAUACAGAAAUACCACUUUGGGAAACAGUCUUCAGGAGAGCCUUGAUGAGCUCAUACAGUCUCAGCAGAUCACUCCCCAACUUGCCCUUCAAGUUCUACUUCAGUUUGAUAAGGCUAUAAACUCAGCACUGGCUCAGAGGGUCAGGAACAGAGUCAAUUUCAGGGGCUCUCUGAAUACAUACAGAUUCUGCGAUAAUGUGUGGACUUUUGUAUUGAAUGAUGUGGAAUUCAGAGAGAUGACAGAACUUAUUAAAGUGGAUAAAGUGAAAAUUGUAGCCUGUGAUGGUAAAAAUACUGGCUCCAGUACUACAGAAUGAAUAGAAAAAAAUGGCUUUUUUAUGCCAUCAUGUUAUUAUUCAUCACUUUUGAAGAGAAGCAUAGAAGAGACUUUUUUUUAUUUGUUCUAGCAUUGCAGCAAUGACUACACUGUGCUGUCAGAGAAUUCCACUAGAAAGAAGCUUGCAGCUUUAUAGCCUCUCACAUUAUCUUCACUAAACUGCAUGAAGAAACAGAACUUUUUUUUUAAUGACAAAUCAAACCUUGCCUGAGAACAUUCUUUAAUAAACUCAUUUUAAAACUCAGUGUGAAUGAA